AUGCUGGGCUUGUUUUUUGUUUGCGCCGAGGACUCGCGCGAGCGGAAGAGCGCGCUGGCCGGAGUCCUGGAGCAGUGCGCGGGGCAGGAACGGGACGGUGCGCUGCUGCUCGUCGGCUCGGGCAGGGAACCUGACUUCAAACGGGGCUCGCAGAACAUCGGUCUGCUCGCCAAGACGCCACUUGGCUACACACGUCCCGUGAAGAGGAAUAAUAUCAGGAAGCGACGGAUACAGAAUCUCAUCUACGACGUGCUCGAGAGACCACGAGGAUGGGCGCUGCUGUACCACGCGUUUGUGUUUCUGAUUGUUUUGGGAUGUCUGAUUCUGUCAAUUUUAACAACGUUCAAAGAGCACGAGGAAGAUUCGGCUCACUGGCUGGUGAUUCUGGAGACAUUUACCAUCUUUAUUUUUGGAGGCGAGUUUGCAUUGAGGAUAUGGGCCGCCGGCUGCUGCUGUCGAUAUAAGGGCUGGAGAGGACGGCUCAAAUUUGCCCGCAAACCGCUGUGUGUCCUGGAUAUCUUUGUACUGAUUGCUUCGGUGCCGGUGGUUGCCGUACGAAACCAGGGAAAUGUGUUGGCCACGUCGCUGCGCAGUCUGCGCUUCCUGCAGAUCCUUCGAAUGCUACGAAUGGACCGCCGCGGAGGCACCUGGAAACUGCUGGGAUCUGCAAUAUACACACACAGCAAGGAGCUGAUCACAGCGUGGUACAUCGGCUUCCUGUCAUUGAUCCUGGCUUCCUUCCUAGUGUACCUGGUUGAGAAGGAUGAAGUUACCAUGGAGCUAACAGAUAUGGAGGGCUCCUCCCCAACACCAGCCCCGCAGGACUUUGAUACCUAUGCAGACGCCCUCUGGUGGGGACUGCUCCCUUUUUGA